UGGCAUGUCAUUCUUGCAUAUUCUCUGUAGUCUGUGCUGUGACUUAUGUUGUUGAAUGUUUGUUGUUUGAUUUUACCAUUAUAAAUUAAAUAAGUUUUAUCCACAAAAUACUUAGUAAGGUCAUUUUAAAUAUUAUCCUAAUAACAUGGAUGAUGAUGCAGAAACGUAUAAACUUUGGCGAAUCCGUAAGACUGUAAUGCAGCUAUGCCAUGACAGAGGAUAUCUAGUGACACAGGAUGAAUUGGACCAAACUUUAGAACAAUUCAAAGAACAGUUUGGAGACAAACCCAGUGAAAAGCGACCUGCAAGAAGCGAUCUAAUUGUGCUUGUUGCUCAUAAUGAUGACCCAACUGAUCAAAUGUUUGUGUUUUUCCCUGAUGAAGCUAAAAUAGGAAUUAAAACUAUUAAAACUUACUGUACAAGAAUGCAAGAAGAAAACAUUCAUAGAGCCAUUGUUGUGGUGCAAGCAGGUAUGACACCAUCAGCGAAGCAGUCACUAGUAGAUAUGGCACCAAAGUACAUAUUGGAGCAAUUUUUAGAAUCUGAACUAUUGAUCAACAUUACAGAACAUGAAUUGGUUCCGGAGCAUAUUGUGCUAACACCUGAUGAAAAACAAGAACUAUUAGCGAGAUAUAAAUUAAAGGAAAACAUGUUGAUGAGAAUACAGGCUGGUGAUCCUGUAGCAAGAUAUUUUGGACUUAAACGAGGACAGGUCGUAAAAAUCAUAAGAUCUUCGGAGACAGCUGGGAGAUAUAUUUCUUAUAGAUUAGUUUGUUAGUUACUAAGUAAAAUAUAAUGAAUAAAUUCCAUUUUGAUAUUUCUGCA